GAACUGGACUUCCUAGACUCCUCCAACUCCGUCUACAAGCUGAUUGGGCCGGUGCUGGUGAAGCAGGACAUGGAUGAGGCGAAAGCGACGGUUGGGAAGAGGCUGGAGUACAUCACUGGAGAGAUCAAACGGUAUGAGGCCCAGAUGCAGGAGUAUGAGAAGAAAUCGGACCAGCAGCGGGAGUUGCUGGCGCGGCUGCAGCAGGACUUCCAGAAGGCCCAGGCCAAGGUGGCCGUCAAGGCCUGAAAAGAGCCAGCCGGGAAGGACUCUGGCAGCGGGCGGGAAAGGGGGCUCCAGCUUCAGUGUUAGGCCUUUAGGCCUUAGAUCCUCUGUUUAAAAUAAAACUAGGUUCUGAUCUCA